CGUAUACAUCCAUUUAAUCCUCGAAUGCACUUUUCUACUUUAUUGAUUGCGCUUUAAAAUUAAAAACAUUGUUGUUUCCCUCUCUGUUUUAUUUAUUUUACUUUGAAACGCAGACAUGUCCCUUUAAGGAACAUGUGAUCGGACAUCGACAUGGAGAUGGUGCGGUUAUGAAAAAUAGUAUAUAUGUAUUGAACAAGGCGUUGGGCUCCAGAGACAGGAGAGAUAUCUGAAGCUACGUCUGCUGAUCGCAGGGUAAAUUCAGAUCAGUGUUAUUCCUGUAAGGAUAGUGUGGACUGCUGCGCUUCUCCAAGUCUGGGAGAUUCUCUUCGAAAGCAUGUGAUGAGCCAAGCUCAGAAAAAAGUCUCCCUCAGCCAGGGCUGUGGCAAGGGCUGUAACCAUGUAGAUGGUUGUCCCCAUGGUAAAACCAUGGGUAGAGCUUUGCCUGGGCAUUGUUUGAAGGAGGCCAAAUCACUAAAGCACACAGCCAGAGACAAGCAAAAGAAACGACAGCCCAUGGAAGGAUGCCUCCAUGACGGAGGUAAGACUGAAGCUAAGUUAAAAAAGAGCAGGACUCUGAAGGUUGUGGACAAAAAAGUCAAGGCAAAAGUGUCCAAGAAAUUGAGGGAAGAGCGGAAUAGGAAGCUUUACCCACUACGACGAAGAAGUAACCAAUCAAAAGACGAGGCCUUAAGUUGCCAGGUCCUGCUUACCCGCCUGGAGCAGAAUGCCUUUGAACAGGAUAGUGAAUUAAAGGAGGAAAAGUCAAAUGCAAUUUCAAAAAGAGGUCAGCAAAAAAGGAGAAGAAAAAACAACCCAAAUGCAAUUAAAACCUUAUGUACUCAAUCUAAAACUAAAAAUGAAGCAAGUACUAAUACAAUUCUUGCUCAAGAGCCCCGUAAACGCCGGCUUGCAGCUCUUAAUGCCGAAGCAGUCAACAGCCUGCUGCUGGAGAAAACAGAUGUACCACUAAGCAAACUUCCGAAGAAACAGCACCAUGAGACAGCACUUGUUUUUAAUGAAACAGAUGAUGCAAACAUUUGCUCCCUGUCAAAAACUGCUGCUCAAGCCCUCAAGACUGAAACGUGCCAAACCCGUAAAAAGGCUAAGAAGCGCAAGUCAGAGAAAAAAGACAUUAUCGAUCUAAAUCUAGAUCUGUACACUCCUACUCCUAGACGCCUUGCCGGACUCAAUGCUGCCGCUCUGCUGAAGCUCACAAGCUCCACUACUGGAAGUAAGCAGCGAGUGAAAAUGGACAGUAAAGGUGUCUGUGCUACAGGGAAGCAGACCACAUGCUGUACAUCCCGGGUGCCACAGCCCAAAAAGCAAGGACUCAAACAGGCUUUACCUCAGGGUGGUGGUGCAGCAUGUAAGACCAAGGGGAGUGAGUCUAAAGUGAAGUGGGAUGGACCUUCUGACUGUCACUGCUUAGCCAAAUCAGGGUAUUAUUCUCAUGGCAUGAUGGGAUAUCCCAUUAAUGUGGUAAAAGAAGAGCAGGUGGAAACUGAGCUUGGUUCUUGCUACUGCUGUUCUGGAGAAGGCUCAGUGGAAUACUGUCACAGGUUGGCAUUGUACCUGAGCCAGAAGGCCUGUAGUGAGACAGACGAGCACCCUGUGGCCUCAGUGAAGCACAAAUGCCUGGUUGCCCCGUCUUCACUGACCCACCCAGCGCUCACCCUCAGUGCCCACCCAUGCCUAUGUGCAGACCCAUGCUACUCUAGUUACUAUGUUCACUUUGCAAAUCACGGGCCUCGUUCAGUUUGUCUAAGUACGCAGCCACUACCUUGUGCACAUAGCUCCAUGUGUCCCAGCAGGGUCUCUGCAUCAAAGCUGCUGUCCUCCUCUGUCUCCCACGCCUCAGGAAUCUCACACCCUGCCUUCUGUAGUCCCGUUCGCUCUCCAUGCUGCAGCGAGGGCUGUAGAGUUGGCAGCUACACUUUCAGCGCUAUGCAGCCUGUCACCAGCAGGGCGUGUUCUUAUGCCACAGGCUGCUCCAACUGUAGCCAUCAAAUCAAAACAGAAGGCUGCUCUUCAACCCAAGGGGAGCAGGGUUCAUCUUUGCUUGUUCCACCAGCCCUGCCUCUUUCUGGAUGCCCGUUGCCUAGGUUAAGCCCAUCCACCACGGUUCUGCCACAUCUUCUGUCCACUCUUGCAGACAACAGACAGACAGAGGUCAGAGGACCAAGAGAAUGCCCUCAAAGCACCAAACCACCAAAUGGCUCUAUUGGUGCAAGACCUACAAAACUGUCUCAGAGACAGCCAGUGCCCUGCCCAGCAAGUGCCAAACAGCAGAAAAAAGUACAACGCCACCGUACCACAAAUGGCUGGCGUCCUUUUGGAGAACCCACAGAAAAAGAAGUCUUUAUUGCGGGUGACGACAUGACAGUACUGCGACAGUGUUAUGAAGGAGUACAGCGAGAUGGAGAGGUGAUCCGAGUCAGAGACACAGUGCUGUUGCGCUCCGGACCACGAAAGAAAUCCUUACCCUAUGUGGCGAAGAUAUCAGCUUUGUGGGAUGACCCUAAGACAGGAGAGCUGAUGAUGAGCCUGUUCUGGUACUAUCGACCAGAACACACACAGGGAGGCAGAGAUCCCAGCAUGCACUGUGAGAAUGAAAUAUUCGCCUCUCGACAUCAAGAUGAAAACAGCGUGGCCUGUAUUGAGGACAGAUGCUAUGUUUUACCUUUAGCACAGUACUGUAGAUUUUGUGCCUUGGUAAAGCGCCGCUCAGAGGGGGUUUCCCACAGCGUGCCCAUGGUGCCCCAGCCCUCUGACAGUGCUGUCCCCACUCACCGACUUGUGCCCGAUGACGUUGAUCCCGAACUGGUUUACCUAUGCCGCCAUGUCUACGACUUCCGCUACGGCCGCAUACUGAAGAACCUGCAGUAAGAGUGGAAGCCUGCGUGCAGCGCACACACACCUGCACCUCACUAAUAAUGGAAAGCCUUCGUACUAAAAAGAUCCCUGUGCAACCUACUGGCCUUCUUGUUCUGAUUUACUGUUGAAAACAUAAACGAUCUGUUUUUCUUAUUAUUCGCUCAGGAGGGUAGACCUCAGGGAGGUCUGGGGCUGUUGGACAAGAUUAUUUUUAAACUGUCUCCACAUUCCCAGAGUGGCAGCAUCUAAAGUGAGCGCUGCAGAAGAACGGAAAUGACAGCUUUAUUAAAUCCUUGAUGAGACGCUUUUUAAAUUCUCAGUAGAAAUGUAGUUUUUAUUCACCCUUCCAUUUAAUACUGGAAGAGGCUUUAUAUUUCCCUUUGGUGAUUUGUCUUGUACACUGGACUAUGACACUGGCAGGGGAAUUUAGAUGAAGAUGCCAGUUUAGAUUCAGCGUGUAAUCAAAUACAAUUUCUUACAAGUGUCGCUUACAUUGUAGGCUGAAAGUCCUUAAGAUAAUCUAGUGCUCUUGUAUAGGAAAGUCUGGCUGUUUGGAUUAAAAAAAAGAAGAUAGACAGACAAGGUAGACAGGUUUUUAUUGUUUGUGUUGGAGCAAAUGCUUUCUGUUCCUGUGGGACUCAAACUGUACCAUCGAACCCAUACCCAUACCAUCGAACGUUCAAAUGACUCGGUGACCAGUGAAGAGUCGAGGCUUGUCUUUUCGUUCUCACGUUUUGCUUCAUUGCAUUCAGGUCACUUUGUAAUUUUUGUCUUUUUUCGUUCUUCUCAUGUCUUGCUUUAUGCAGGUCACUCGGUUGGCAGCUAGUUAGGCCGAAACCUCUAAAAAUUUACCUUCUGUACUAAAACCAAAGGUCAGCUCAGUGCUAAUCUCUGUUCUCACUAACUAAGCCCCCAGGAUAUGUGCCCUAUAAUUCCAGAGUUUGGAGAAGCUGACACUUGUUUUUCAAGUAAAAUAUAUCUUUAUCACGUACCGAGAGGAGACACUUAACAGACACACGUAACAAAUAUAUUGUCCCUUGCUUCUAGUCACACUAGCUUAAUUGCACUAAUCCAUUGCAUGAUUUUUCUCUCUUUCUUUCUCUGCGACUAUUUUAAUUUACAGUUAGGUUUUUCUUUCUGUUUUCGUCAACACCGCUGACAACAUUUAGUCAGCAAGGAAAAUCCCUGGAAGGACGUCUUUAUAAAACUUUAUAAAUAGAUAUCAGAACAACAGAAUAAAGAAUUAGCUACUUCGAACAACAUGGAACUUCUACUAUUUUGCUAGUUCUAUAUUAAGUAUAUACAUACAGAAUUCAAUUCAGUGGCGCUUUUACACCUGUUGAAAAUUUGCUGGAUGAAUCAGAGGGAAAUGGAUCUUGUUGGUUUCACUUGUGAUUUGUUUUGGUUUGCCCUCACACUACACAUAAUUAAACAAACCAAACGGUUAAAGAAACAUCGACUAAGGGGUAGGCUUGUGCGAUACUGAUUUAUCCCUGAUCGCAAUUUUCUAUUUUAACAUAGAACUCACAGAAUAGACUGAAAAAUGUAGAUUUUCAUCAUUUCCGGUUAUUUCCGGUUCCAAUAUAUCCAGCAAAUGGAAACUACAGCAAUCUCGAAAAACUUUUUAAGUGAUUCUGCAGUAAUGCAGAAUAUAUAAAAGCCCAAACAGCACAUCUGGGUAUAAUUCUUCUACAAUUCAGAUGUCUAACAUUUCAUUUUUAAUCUUAAAGCUGUUCAUUGUUCAACAGGUAAAAAUGAUAAAUAUUCUAAUAAAGCAUCCCUGAUUAAUACAUUCAACUGAUGUUAAAUACAUAUUUGACUAAUGUUAAGGAACGGGGUGCAAAUCGUUACAGAUUCACAUGUCGAUUGUCUCAGAUCUCAUUUUACUGGGGAGAAAACUCACCGGUGCAUCUGUUGUCUAGAGGUUCAGGGCUGGAGCACACUAACCUUCUGCCUCUCUGGGGUAAUUUCGUUAUUUUGGGGUCUUUCUCUUACAGUGAUGGUUCAGGAGAGAGCCUAGCAAUAUUCCAGUUUACUUCCAUACACAAAAAACAAAAGACAAAUAUGCAGACUUACAAAGUCACUCAAUCUUGUUGUGCCUCACAGACUCACAGCCCUAAACCCCACCCAAAACUACCCACAAUGCAGUGUACCUAAAUAUGAGCUUUUUACUAUCUAACACUAGCAUGCUCCAGGUUUCCUUCUUGUGGAGCUCCUAUGCAAAACGUCUGGAUAUCGUGACCGUGUGUUAUUGUGUAUUGUAGGGAGUAUUGUAGUCAUUAGAUCGCACAAGCCUACUGCAAAGUGUAUAAGGCUGAAAAUGCGUUCGUUCUUUUAUCAGAUUCAUGGUGACAGAAACUGAUUCAUCGGACGCUUUUAUUUCCCCCUUUUUCUAUGUCGGUGAAAACAUCUAACCUAAAGCACACGGCAUGUCUGGAGGACUACAGCUCUGCCCUUUGGUUCAGUUUGCGUCUUAGACUAAACCCUGAAUUUGAAUUUUAAAACCCUUUUUUAAAAAGAUUUUGAAAUCACUGCACUCCACUAUCCUUUGUGUGUCCUUUAUUGGCAUCUAAAUCGGAAAUCUAAUAACUAUGUGAAUCGUAUUAUUGUUGUGGUUGAAUCAGGGCCUAUGUGCUUAGAGAUGAAGCUCUCAUUAUAUGUUACAGUAGUGACCUCUAAGCUUUUGAACAACAAUGAGUAAUACUUAGCACUUUUUAGAUUAGCUAACGCUAGUUGAUUUGAAGUAGUUUUCAGUGUUUGAGAUGCUUAAGAUUAGGAAUGCAUAUCAUUUGCGUUUUUAAUGCUUUACCUGUAAACCAUAUCCAUGCUCAUAUGAAUUAUUGAUAUGUUAAACUGUUGUACAGUGGGAUCAGAAUUUCUUCAGUAAGGUAGCUUAGAUGGCUUUCCAGCAUUUUAUAUAUAUACAAGUUUAAUGUGUGUGAAAUACCCAGAAGUUGUUUUAUUCCAUUGUAUCAUUGGCACAGAUUUUGCUGCAAUUAUUCCUUGAUAAGCAGGUCUUCUAUAAAACAAAAAUAUAUAUAAUAUUAAUAUUGUGGUUAAAAUGAAAUGACGUUUUUUGAUUCCAUGUUCGUAAAAAAAAAAAAAAAAAAAAAUCAGUUUUUCAAUUUCUCCUGCAAACAAGAUAUUUUAUUAAGGCUAUUUCUAAAGUUAGAAUAUGCAAUAUAUUUUUGGGACUAUUUUUGAGGAAUCUAUUUAAAUUAAAUUACUUAUAUUGUUUUAACCGUUUUAAAAAAAAAAGGGUUUUGCUGUGGAUUCUAAAUUGAAAAUGAUAAUAACCAAAUAGGCAUAAGCUAAAACAUGGACAGUGUUUCGUUUUUAUUUAUUUUUCCUCUCAAUUGGAAUCCAAAGGUUUGGACAACGCGACAGCCAUUCAUGUAGAAGAAAUGAAUUGUACAUAUCUUGGUUAUUGAGGAAUCAAUCGAUCAUGUUUGAAAUAAGACAAACCGUUGCACAAUACAUUUUUAUUACUUACGAGUAACUCUAUUUAAAGAAGUUAUUUAACAUUGAGUAGAGAUACAAUAUAGAUAUCUAUAUUUCAAGUAAAUCUUUCAAGUCAUUUUAGUUUGAAAGUGUUUUGAAGUGCUGUUGCAAUACUUGUCAGUGAAUGCCAUACUUUUUUUUGUCUUUUAUAAAUUAUGAAGUCUUUGGUGAUUAUGAUUAAAAACUGAAACUGUUGUAUUUAUGAUGUACUGGGCAUCAAGGGUUAAAGACCAAAGCACACUCUUAAACUGGUGCCCUGUUGUGUGUAUAUUGCAUCUACAUGGGGUUUUCCUGUACAACACAGCAGAAAGCCUUUCCGUCACCAAACCAGUCACACAGGUACUUGAAUGAUCGCUUUGUCUGAGUCAGUUUUGUAGUCUCUUAUAAUAUCCAUUCUACAUGUGGCCUUUGCCCAUUUACUAGAAGUUGUCUUGGUCUGAUUCACAAGAAACAGGCCAAAUACAAGAACAAGUACAAGAAACUGCAAUUGAACUUGUUACAAACAUGGCAGGAAAAGUCGAUAAACUUGAGAAUGCUGUACUCUGAAUGUGUUUCUGAACGAGAAGAGCAGGUGACUGCAGUGUCGUCCCACUGUUCUUUUGGUCAAUCAGAUAGAGUUUGCUGGGUUUUUUUUGUUGUUGUUGUUGUCUACAUAAAGCCUGUGCUCUUUGAGGUCUUUGGGAUAACAGAUAAGGAGCCUGUGCCAGGAAGACCUCACAAGCACCACGGCUCCUCGUGCAAGCCUCUACAGCAAGUGUUUUCAUCACAGUGGUCAACUUAACAGAUGAUCAGGAAAUUUCAACUAAAUCCUUUUUUUUUCCCAUACAUGACAAAUUUAAAUAAAGUGAUAAAAGUGAGAAGCAGGUUAAUUAUAAAUCAUACUAUUAUAUACUCCAUAUUAUACUAUUAUUUACAUACUAUUUAAGUGUAAUUCACUUUGGUUGACCGCUUUGUUGCAAUAAAAACUGCUGAUAGGCUUUUGUAUGAUUUCAGAUUCGUUUUAAAUACAGUGACCAAAAACAAUUUAAAGAUUUUUUUUUAUUAUUAUUAUUAUUAUCCCCUUACCCUGACCAACUUAAUGUUCAUUUUGUUCUGUAUUGCUAGUUUCAUGCUUACUGCUAACAUAUAUUUUGAUAGAAUAGACCAUUGGUUAAACAGAGGUUAUUUUUAAAUGGGGGGUGUGUUUUUAUGUGUCGCUAGGUCAUGCACUUUUUUUUUAAUGACAACAAGAAUCCCUGCUGAUUAUUGUCAAAUGAAAGAGUAUUUAUAAAAUCUUUUGUUAAAACCUG